AUGUCUGAGGUCAGCCUAAAUCACAUAGAUGAACAUCAGACACGGCGACUGGAAGAGAUGUGCAUAGUCAUUGAUGAAAAUGACAAGGUCAUUGGAGCUGAAUCAAAGAAGAAUUGCCACCUGAAUGAAAACGUUGAUAAGGGGCUGUUACACCGAAGCUUCAGUGUUGUCCUGUUCAAUAUGAAUGACCAACUCUUGAUUCAGGAGAGAUCAGACAAGAAAUACACUUUUCCAGGGUGUUUUUCAGACAGCUGUUCUAGUCAUCCAUUAUACAACCCACUGGAACUGGAAGAAAAAGAUGCCAUUGGAAUUAGGAGAGCGGCCUUGAGACAGCUGCAGGCUGAGCUGGGGAUUCCCCCCGAGCAGAUUUCCACAAACGAUAUCAUUUUCAUGACGCGAAAUUACCACAAGAGUCGAUCAGAUGGAAUCUGGGGAGAAAAUGAAAUUGGCUAUCUUCUGUUUGUGAGGAAAAACUUUACAGUGAAUCCAGAUCCCAUGGAGAUCAAAGAUUAUAGAUACGUAACCAAGGAGGAGCUGGAGGAGCUCCUGAAAAAGGAGGCCAGGGGUGAGGCAAGGUUCACCCCAUGGUUUAAAACCAUUGCAGAGGAUAUUCUGUUCAAAUGGUGGCAUCAUUUACAUGAUAUCUCCCCAUAUGUUGAGCCUGAUAAAAUAUACAGACUGUGA